AUAUCAAGGGCUGCAGAUAGUGAGUAUCGUUACAGUUCUGUGGGAUUAUUCAGUCCGAUACGAAGUAAAGCGCGAAACUUUUUUCAAUAAAUUUUAUGUAAUGUUCAGUUCAAAACUAUCCCGAGGAUUGAUUCAGAUGGGCAGGAAUGCCAUUGCCCCUCGAAAUGCAGCAUCCAUCCACAGUGAAGCUGUCGUAAAACCUCAUCGGAAACCUUUACUGGAACCUUCCAUCGUCAACGGACUCCUGUAUCGUGUGGCCACCGAGGCUGAUCGCGAACUCGUACGAGAUGGUCUGCAUAAAUAUUUCUACCCGGAAGAUCCGGUAACAUCAACGCAUUACUCUGGAAAGGAACCUACUACAGAUGAUACCGAGGGCACCCUCGAAAUGGUCGAUUCUGGAUGUAUGAUUCUGGCCAUGGAUGAGCAAAGCGGAAGUUUGGCUGGAUUCUCGGGAUCAACAAUCGUGUCCCCGGACGAACCGCAGAAACUCCUUGAGAAAGCCUCCCAAGCACAAACCAAAAAGUACGGGGACGUUCUCCGAUUAACGGCCCACUUGAUAGCCAAAACUAGAGUCUGCGAGCGAUUUGGCGUGGAUCGAGCUUAUCAUCUGGAUAUGGUUGGAGUGAAUCCGAACUUCCGAGGGAAAUCCAUCGGAGUAAUCCUGCAGGAGAAACACGUGGAACUUGCCUGUGCCAAAGGGAUGCGAGUCUUGAGUGCCUUCGUUACCGGACCUUACUCGGCAAGCAUUUUAGAGCGUCUGGGGAUGCAAUGUGUCUACACACUUCCGUAUCGGGACUACAGGGACGAGUCCGGCCGAGUGGUGUUUCAAGGAACGAAAAACUACAACGAAAUGAAGUGCUACGUUAUGAAAAUUUAAAGUGAGUUUUCAUAUAUGGAAAUAAUAUAUCUCUAAA